UGCUUCUUUGCAUUAUUUUUGCUUUAUCGUCCAUGCUGUCAAGUUCUACUAAGCACACAUUUUCUGAUAAUUUUCUGGCUCCACUGACUGUUACUGCUACUUUCAAUUUUUCUCCAAUAAAGCUUACCAUCUUUUCUCGCAAAUUUGCUGUUUUGCCCGUAUUUAAGGGAUAUCCUGGUAUAACAAUGUUUUUUCUUCGUUUUUUACUUUCCAUUUUCUCUAUUUUACCAUUAGAUGUGGUGAUUUCCUGUCUUAACUGUUCCACUUCUUUCUUUACCUGUUCGUUUUCCUCUGUAAGAAUGUUUGCCCCUUUUUUGUAUUCAUUUUGUUCUUUUCUCAACUGUUUUACUUCCUCAUACAAUGCAUUCACAUCUUUUCCACAUUCCUCCUGGUUUCGUUUGAUUUACUUAUCAUCCGUAGUGAGAUUGGUUAGAAGCACCAUUUUGAUUGCUUUUGCUUUUUUUUUAAAUUUCUUCCGCAACAUCCCUUUUUCUUUUCCCUUCAUCAAUAGUGUAAUCAUCCGAGUCUGUAAUACUGUUCAUCUAAGGUUUAUUUGUUCUAUUUCAGCCGAUAUGAGUUGUUUCUUCUUUUUAACCUCUUAUAAGGUUUGCUAGGAAAUUUCAGGGUCGCGAUAAUGAUUGAAUCCACCUCAACGGUUCACUGAGAAAUUCACAGUUUUACACUU